GCACGCGGGUGCGGAGCGGCGCGGAGCGGACACAGUCUACCCACAUUGCUCGAGCCAGCUUCCAAGUUGAUGCUUUUGGAUCAUCUUUCAUUCUAGAUGUGACGCUAAACCAUGACCUGCUGUCUUCUGAAUAUCUUGAAAGGCAUAUCGAGCAAGAUGGGAAGACAGUAGAAGUUAAAGGAGGAGAACAUUGCUAUUAUCAGGGAGAAAUUCGAGGAAAUCCUGUCUCGUUUGUUGCCUUGUCAACAUGCCAUGGAUUACAUGGGAUGUUCUAUGAUGGAAAUCAUACUUACCUGAUUGAGCCGGAUGAAAACUACACUUCAGAUGAUGACUUCCAUUUCCACUCUGUUUACAAAUCCAAGUUGUUUGAGUUUCCUUCGGAUGACCUGUCACCUGAGUUCUGGCAAAUGAAUACUACGUCACCAAAGUUUGUUGUAAAGCCAAGACACAAAAGACGUAAAAGGCAGGCUCAUCAGAUUCCACAUAGUGUUGAAGAGGAAACAAAGUACAUUGAAUUGAUGAUUGUAAAUGAUCAUCUAAUGUGUAAAAAGCACCGCUUGUCAGUCGGUCAUACAAACAGUUAUGCUAAAUCGGUUGUGAACAUGGCAGAUCUAAUAUAUAAAGAACAACUUAACACCAGGAUAGUAUUGGUUGCCAUGGAAACCUGGGCUACUGAUAACAAGUUUGCCAUAUCUGAAAACCCCUUGGUGACCCUACGUGAGUUUAUGAAAUAUAGGAGGGAUUUUAUCAGAGAGAAAAGUGACGCAGUUCACCUUUUUUCGGGGAGUCGAUUUCAGAGCAGUCGGAGUGGUGUAGCCCACACUGGUGGAAUCUGCUCCCUGCUUAAAGGCGGAGGUGUGAAUGAGUUUGGAAAGCCAGACUUAAUGGCAGUUACUCUGGCACAGACCUUGGCCCAAAACAUUGGCAUUUUCUCAGACAGAAGAAAACUUGUAAGUGGUGAGUGUAAGUGUGAGGACACGUGGUCUGGAUGCAUAAUGGGAGACACAGGGUAUUACCUUCCAAGCAAGUUCUCCAAAUGUGAUAUUGAAGAGUAUCAUGAAUUUUUAAACAACGGAGGGGGAGCCUGCCUUUUCAAUAAACCAACCAAACUUUUGGAUCCUCCAGAAUGUGGCAAUGGCUUUGUGGAAGAUGGAGAGGAGUGUGACUGUGGGACAAUAGCGGAGUGUGCCAGCGAAGGCGGAGAGUGCUGCAGUACGUGCACCCUGACGGCAGGUUCCCAGUGCAGCAACGGGCUUUGCUGUCGGAAGUGCCGGUUUGAACCUAAAGGAGUUUUGUGCCGAGAAGCAGUCAAUGAUUGUGAUAUUGCAGAGAACUGCACAGGAAAUUCCAGUCAGUGUUCUCCCAAUAUUCAUAAAAUGGAUGGAUAUUCAUGUGAUAACAAGCAGGGUAUUUGUUUUGGAGGAAGAUGUAAAACCAGGGACCGGCAAUGUAAAUAUAUCUGGGGUGAAAAGGUGACAGCUGCUGACAGGUACUGCUAUGAGAAGCUGAAUAUUGAAGGAACUGAGAAAGGAAACUGUGGAAGAGACAAGGACUCUUGGAUACAGUGCAAUAAACAGGAUGUACUUUGUGGAUACCUUCUGUGCUCAAAUAUAUCCAGUGUACCCAGACUUGGAGAACUUGAUGGUGAAAUCACAUCGUCAAUCUUGCAGUUUGGAAGAGUCUACAAUUGCAGUGGCGGCCACGUGAAGCUCGAUGAGGAGACUGACCUGGGCUAUGUGGAGAAUGGGACGCCGUGUGGGCCGAACAUGGUGUGCCUUGAUCAUCGCUGCCUCCCCACUGAGGCCUUCAACUUCAGCACCUGCCCAGGCACCACAGACAGCCAGAUUUGUUCAGGACACGGUGUUUGUAGCAAUGAAAUAAAGUGUGUCUGCGACCGAUUCUGGGGAGGAGAUGACUGCAGUUCUCGCAUCAAAGAUGUUAACUCUUUUGAUAAAGAUGGCAUGAAUAAAGGUGUUGUUAGCACAAAUAUAAUAAUAGGGGCUAUUGCUGGCACCAUUUUAGUGUUGGCUCUCGUUUUAGGAAUAACUGGUUGGGGUUACAAAAACUACAGAAGACAGAGACAAAUACCCCAGGGAGAUUAUGUAAAAAAGCCUGGAGAGGCCGACUCUUUUUAUAGCGACAUGCCUCCUGGAGUCAGCACAAACUCUGCGUCUAGUUCUAAGAAGAGGUCAAAUGGAUUAUCUCAUUCCUGGAGUGAAAGGAUCCCAGACACAAAACAUAUUUCAGACAUUUGUGAAAAUGGGAGGCCUAGAAGUAAUUCCUGGCAAGGUAAUAUAGGAGGAAACAGAAAGAAAGUCAGAGGCAAAAGAUUUAGGCCACGGUCUAAUUCAACUGAGUAUUUAAACCCAUGGUUCAAAAGAGAAUAUAAUGUAGCUAAGUGGGUAGAAGAUGUGAAUAAAAACACUGAAGGACCAUACUUUAGGACACUGUCUCCUGCAAAGUCUCCAUCUUCAUCCACUGGAUCUAUUGCUUCCAGCAGAAAAUACCCUUACCCAUUGCCACCGCUUCCUGACGAGGAGAAAAAAGCCAACAGGCAAAGUGCCAGGCUAUGGGAGACGUCCAUUUAGCUGCACAGUUUUCCUGGGGUGACAUCAGAACUGUUCACUUCGGAUUUUAUAGAAACUCAGUAUCACUGAGUCAUCGCACAUUCAUCUGCUCUUCAAACAACUCAAAAGAUCAACGGAGGUGCCCGUCAUCACCGUGAGAAGCUCCUCUCACCUGGAAGGGAAAAAAGCAGUCUUGUUUUUUCUUUCUUUUUUGUCGACUAGUAUUUUAUGGAUUUUAUGAACAACCAAAAUCAUAACAAAUGAACAGUGGAUAAUUAGCCCGGACGUGACAAGGCUAUUCCGCAUGAUGACAGAUACACUUUCCUAGAGUCCCAGCUGCAGUCCCUUUGCCAGUCCUGUGUAAGAGAGGUUUUUCUCUGCUUUAAUUCAGUCCCGAGUCAGACUAGAGUGGAACUGGGAAUGCGCCUCCUGGAGAGCCCAGCCGAUGUAAACUUGUACACUGUAUGCAUGAACCUUGUGUUCUUUACUUUUCACAUGUAAGGGAUAAACAACGUACCGUAGUAGGAAUUAGCAUGCAGGAGUAAGAAAUACAGGCUUUUUUUGUGACAGGAUUUCAGUGUUUGGAAGGCAACUAUUUGACACAAACGUCAAACAAACAAGAAAUAUAUCUUUUUUUUUAACCUUAUGUGUUUAUAAUCUCAGUAUACAGGUUGUAUAUAUGUAAACAUUUGAUAAUGUCAAAAAUAGCUGUUAUACAUAAGUGUAUUUUGCCAAAUGCCUAAAAACCAGUCAUGACUAACAUAAUCACAAUUCAAAUUUUCUAAUAUUAUGAGCAGACAUCUUUGGAAAUACAGAAAGUACAGUACUUUAAAACCGUGUCUUUCAGAAACUGGUGUUUGAAGAAAAUCUAGACUAACUUUUCAGUAUCUUAACACUGUCUUGACAAUCUCAGUUGUAUGGUAGACUGCAGAAACCAGUACAGCAGCACUUUGUUUUAAGACAUUGUCAGAGGAGCCAGCCAAAAUCCAUUGUUAGGUGAGAUGACUAGGGCAUCCUCUACAGAUGUAAUGAAAAAUUAUUCAGCAUAUGAUGGAGACAGUCUUUAAGUGAUGUGCAGUCAAAGCUUACUGGACAUUUGGUAAUACUUCUAUGUAGUCAGUUCAGAAUGUGGUGAUGUGAUGUCCUUCUGGUGAGAGUUGCUGUGUAUUUUUGAUAGAGCAUUUCAGACACUGUUUUAGAUGGCAAGGUAUAGCUUAUGAGAACCAUAACCAGCUCACUAGAUAGUAACAGUGCUGGGCAACUGGCCAGUUUCAUUGCUGUCUUUUCAUUUUUAUUUGUUACUGGGAUCGCCUUUACCAGACGCUUGAAUACUAUGCUUGCUGCCCCUGAAGCGCCCUUCACAAUUUUUGGGGCCUUACACUGAGUACAAGGGAGGUUAGCCUAAAAAAAAAUGGGAAGGGGGCACAUAGGACAAACAAACCCUUUACCAUGGAGAUAUUAAUCUGGUGUAUAAGUGGAUGGUUAGAUUUCUAACGCCUGAGACUUCUAAAGGUUGUUGUAAACCAAAUGUCUUUUGAUGGGAAAUGUUCAAUCAGUAAGAAACUGGACCGUGUUAAAUAGGUUUAUAAUUCUCCACCUUUCCAAAAGUGACUACGUCCUAGCUUCAGGUAGCACCAUUGCAGAACAAAACACCUGAUUCAGUGUGGUGCUGUUGAAUACCUUGCCCAACAGCCAUAUGGUUGAUUAGAUGUUAUUGUGAUGGGAACAUCUGCGGUGUUUCUGAAUCUUCUACCUCUUUUAUGUCUUUCCUUUAAUAAUGGAACUCAUCACUUGCAGCCUUUUAAUAUAUUUUUUUAACUUUUAAGUCUCUUGAUAAAGUCAAAUAUAUGUAAGAUUAAAUAGAGAAAUGUUUAAGGAUGUCAGCAACUGUAAAGUAUGUAAGAUUUUUAGAAGCACUAUAUUUUAUGAUUAGACUGUGUCUAGGAUUAUGACAAAAUACUGGCCUUGGGAGUUCAAAUUAUUUUCUGUCACAGUCGACAAGUUCUGGUAAGUAUUUUUGAAAAAUAUAAAUGAGUGCAAGUGGGUGCAGACAGACCAUCUGGAAGGACCCAGUCACUUUUAAUUGCUUUAGGAAAAGAUUCUGCACUUUUGUGAAGAGUAAGUAUCUGUCAGCACUGAAGAGUAUUUUUCGCAAAGAUUUACUUUGAGUGUAGAUAACUGAAUUAAAGAUAGCUGGUAGUGUAUAGUUCAUGAAAUAAGGGCCUGAGCCACAAUUGAAAUCAAUAUGUGUUUUAUUGGUUUCAGUGGAAUCUGAGUAGGACCCUCAGGAGUUCACCCACAUUAAGACAUGAUGCUAACUCAAUGGCCGCUCUGUUACUCUGUCAUCUGGAAGCUGUUUUUUCCUCCCACAUUAGUAUCUUGUCUCUAGUAGCUGGACUGUUCAUCAUGUGCCUUUUUUUUGUAUUUUGUUUAGAUACAAACUAGCAUGUAAUUUUAAAGAAUCUUGUUACGUUUCUAGGCGUAUUUUAUGUUUACCACUGUUUACUCUGCCCUUUUCAUUUUGCCUUAUCAGGAAGCAGCAAGAUUGGCAGACUAAACUGGAUGUAACAUACUGGCUUUUGUGUAAUGUUCAUAGCUUCUUGUUCUGCAAACAAAUUGCUCUUCUACCUGUAUUUCAAUGUAGUAUGUACUUUCAGCUACACUCUUGUUUUGGUAUAAUUUAUUUGUAGCAUAUGAUGGUAGAGUUAUGUGUGUAGUGUAACUUUAGCAGUCACUUUCACAUUCGGAGAUAUGUAGUGACUGGAAGUCUAGUUAUGAGCACUAAUUUUAAGUUUAUUUAAAUAAAUAUUGACUUUCACUUUGAUGGUCUAGAGUGAGAACAUCACAGGACAUGGGUUUUUGUCACAUUCUUGUGCAGAGAAUUUUGCAUCUGCUUGGUAACUCUGAGACUUUCUCAUUGCACAAAAUCUGAACUGGCAGGGCUGUGUGAGACUCCAAAGCCAGUGGAGGUCGAAGAGGGAAGCUGUUUGCUUGCAUUCUGUGGGUUCCUACUUCUAGAAUGUAGCAUGUUGGAAGCUGACAGAUUAAUCACCUCGAAAAUUGCAAAUAUUUGUAUCCACUGUACUUAGUUACACUGGCAAUAGCAAUAUAAAUUGCCGCAUAAUACCUCAUCCAGUCUAAAAUAGGGUACUUUUAUUGUCGCUAAGAUCUCUUAAUCGUUCUGACUCAUUGAAACCCAUGCUUUUAUUUUGUUUUUUAUUUGUAUUUUAAUAAAUUAACUAGUUAUUGCCAGCUAUGCUGUAGAUGCCUGUUGAAGUGGGGAAGUUAUCAGUUCUUCUGAGUACAUUAAAAGUAAUGGUCCAUAUGAACGUUGGACCUGCCAGAUGAGAGCUAUGUAUUUCAACAUGUGGGAGAAGAAUAUUGUAAAUUGAAAAUAAAAUUAGUAUGAAUAACUGAUGAAGACUGGAAAAUAGAGAUCAUAUCCAAAUAAUACUUCUGCACAAUGAUUCCACAGCUUAACAAGUAAAAAUUUACCUGCUAGUUCUGAAUUUGUUGACAUAAGAACUGCAGCGAUCCAUACUAUAGACUUUUGGCAAACAUACUCAGGCAGUUUACCAGAAAUGGUUGUCACUGAUUGAUAAUUUACAUAUAAUUUUACUAUAUUUAAAUAAGUAGAUUUAUAGAUGUUCUUCAUUUCAUAUAGCCUAUUUCUGUGUAAGUUGUGAAAUUAAGUCAUUACUUGCCAGUUAUCUGCUUCAAAGUGUGACUUGACCUUAAAGGUCACUACUGUUAAAUGACUUAAGAGUUUUGUUCCCAAUUUAUAAGAUGUUGAACCUGCUCAGCUGAUGUACUCGUUAGGUAAUUUUGAUUGUGCUAAUGAACAAAUGGACUUUUGGGUUAUAGCCUGAAUUAAAAUCAGGAAGAAAUUGUGUCCCUAGCUAGUGUACUGAAGUACUUACCUGAAUCCCUGUUGCUGGGUUUAAAUGAACUGCGUGGUCUUAACACCAAUGGGACAAGAAAACAGAACUGAGAUAGGUACAUACACUGUUACAGGCAUGCAUAUAUUGCAAAUUCUGACAAAAUUUGUAGUAAUUCAUUGCUUAAUGAAGAGAAUAGGAUGUAAUAUGAAGCAAUGUUGAAUCCUAUACCUAGCUGUGGUAAGCAAAUGUGCCAAACUCCAGCAUAAAACUCAGCAAGUUCAUUUUCUCUUCCAUCCCCUUUCCACUCCUACUGAAAAGCAUUUCAGUUAAUGUUUAAUAUAUCCACUAACAGCAUCAUGUCGGUCGGCUAAGAUGGAAAAGCUGCUAAGUUAGUUCUUUUCCACACAACAGCCUGGAUAAGGUCUUUCCAGAGCUUUCAAUAUGUCUUUUACUCAUUACACUGUAGGUGAUGGAGCCUCGUGUCUCCUGUGUGGUUUGGUGGCUCAGUCAUCCUGUGUCUUUUUCACCUUCUAGCAUUGUUGAAGGCUAAGCCUCUAAUUAGAGUCUGUGAACCUAAAAGUUGUGCUGUGUCAUAUUUCUCUUGCUCCAAGUCUGAAGAUCAUCCAUUCUCUAGGUUAUUUGAGUAGCUAUAAUCAUUAGCAGACUCUUUGGGCCACUGUUACUAAUAACAGUGUGAAGUUAUUUACCUCAUUUUUAAGAAGAUUGAGCAUUCUGGUCAUUUCUGAAGCCAUUUUUUGCCCAGAAUGGAUUACCUAUCAGACUGCUGAGCUAAUGAUCCCCUAUUUGCGUGGCUUCCAAUCCAUAUUGCAUUUAAUAGCAGUGUGGGAUUUGACUUUGAUCAGAUUCCCUGAAGACAAAUACACAUAAACUGUACACAGGUACAGCUUGUCUUCACAUGACUGUGAUGUUCUUAUGUUAACUAUUAGGCAACAGAGCAGGAAAAAAGAAAACAGUUAACACUGAUUGUGUCGGCACAGUAGCAAUACCAUAUAGGCCUGUUAGGGUGAUUUCACCAGAAAUAGGAAAUGAAGUUAUACCUCCUAUCCUCUACGCUAAAGAACUCCUUUGACUCCAGUAUUUUCCAAGUCCACUUAUGAAGAAUAUUUAUGGUGCCUCAAGUAUGGAUGCUGAUGUAAACUAAAGCUUUGGAAACAUUAGCUUGUACAGCCAGCACGUGGUAUCCCAUCAUUCCACAAGUUUUCUGUAACUGAAAAAGCACUACAACAGUCAAAACUGGUAUGUUCUCUCAGCCAGGUAAACCAAAACAAGCCCUAAAAAUAAGCUCAGAACACAGAAAUGUCAUUUGCUCAUACUUGAAAAACUUUAUACCAAAACUGACUCCAAAAUUGGCUCACCUAGCCAGGUCUGGUGCAUUCAAUUCUCUAAAAUCCAAUCUACACCAGUUUCAAAAUCACUUUAGUUAAGCCAGUUUGAAACUGUUUGUAAUUUCUGCUAUCUAGACAGGCAGUGAUUGCAGUAUAACUCAGAAUGAGAUGAGGAACGUUGGGGAAAGUAAGCACAGAGCAGUUAAAAAGAAACAUUCUCUAAGGGAGAAAUAGUAGUGUCUUACACUAUUUUUAAUUACUAGAGCAUAAAAUGUCAAAGCAACAAGAUAUUUUUUCUUCUGUUUCUGUAUUCCUCAAUAAAAAAUAAAGUUUUGGUUAAAAAAAAAAAAAAAUAUGAGGCCUUAAGACCUUAUAUAGUAUAACUUUAGCAUUGAGAGUCUAUUUUUACAAUCAUGUUAAAAAUUCUGUAUAUAGGCCUGACUGACCUUGUUAAGUAUAGUGGUGCUAGCAGCUAAUCAUGCAACAUUUUAAGGCUCAGUGUAGCAGUAAAUAUUGAUUUAUUUUGAUUAUUGGUACAAGGACUCCUGUUCACUGCCUGUGUUGAGCCUCUGCAUAUUUUAUGCUUGGAAGUACAGUCCAGAACAUAGACAAACUGUGGAUAUAGAACCUGUUUUUUCUUUUCUUAAGGGUAAAGAAGUAUUACAAUAAGUAGUGUUUUAUAUAGAAUACAGUACUUAUUUUUAUUGUUGCAUAAAUGCAAAAUAUUUUUUUCAGAAUAGCAAAGCAUUACAGAUUUUUUAAUCUGCUGGAGAAAACAGUAUUUACAGUAUGACCAGUUCUUUCAGCAAAGCUUUUGGGGUAGUAUAUGCCAAUUGGCUCUGCCAGCUUCAUUUUGUGCUAAUGUUUAUCUAUCUUCAGCAUUGCUGUAAAAAAAAAAAAAAAAAAGGCUAUUUUUGCACUCAACUUGCCCUUCUUGGUAAAACAUUUACAUAGGCAAGAAGAACUAUGUUUAACCACUGGGGCUGGGCUAGUAUUGGCAAAAGCAAACAAUGCAUAGUAUUGUUAUCUUUGCUAGUUUAAAUCCUUUAAAAAUCAUACCUGAUAUAACAGAAACAUAAGAUUUUUGAUAAACACCAAAAUGAAGCAUUACAACUUUCUAGCUUUUAGUGUGAUAUUUUUGUCAUAAACAUACAGGCACUGGGCUGUUCAAGUGAAUGAAUCUGGCUUUUAUGUAGCAAAACAAAGUGUUGCUUUUUAUAAAAUCAAAUAAUUGUAAUUUGACGUUCUAAAUUCCUGCUCACUUUUACUAACAGCAUCACAGUAUCCAAUUCUAUGGGAGUAAUACAAAUGCCUGUGGUUUUCAAUGUUACUAACAUAUUGUAACAUCAGUAAAGUGACUUUCAAUGACAAAGACUGUUUUGUGUAUUUUUUUUCUCGUAAGUCCUUGUACCUGGCACUUCCUGAUUUAUAGGGCUCUGUUAAAAAAAAAGAUGCUGCAUGCAUGGGAAAUACUAGUAGUAGAAUAUAGAUGCUACUUUUUAGUGGAAUACAGAUGUGACAUUUCAAAUUCCAGGGUUGAAAUUGAUCCCAUGACCUUCACAGUCUUUGUCUUAGGGUCCUACUGUUCUCCAAGCAAAUCUAAAAUUCCUGUUCCUUAGGUUUGCAUGUCUGAGGGCAACCUAGAAAAAAUACCUGCAUUCUCAAGUAUGCUGGGUUGUUUGCACAAAGGUCAAGAGCAAUCGCUUCACUUAGUAUCAUAUCAGCAUCCUUCCCAGAAUACCUUUUGGGAAAGAGAAACCCUUAAUUCUGAGUUAGAGAUAACUGUUUCUCUAAAGCAGGUAACCUGCGUAUUCACAUUGCCCACUGAAUCUGCUCUGAACAGGGAAGCAAUUUUCUCUUAGGUUUCAGGUAUCCUUUUCUUUUAGCUCGAUGACAGCAAACUCUGUAGUCUCUCCUUAGCAACUGUAUUUAUCUUGGUUUAUGGCUAAACGUGAAAGAUGAUUUAUCCUAUCAGCCUUUGUGAAUACC